AUGUCGCAGCCUGACCAGGGCAUGACUUUUGUAUCAGACAUCUCCGCUCGCCCGCGUGCGUUCAAGACCGGAAACCACAAGAAUGCUUCGAUGUCUCGCCCGGUCCCUGCAAGAAACCUGUAUCCGAGUUCUCUACGCACUAUUCUAUUGUCGGGAUGCCAAAGGGCUGGGUUCCAUUUUAGGCACAGCAAAUUAUUCCUCAACCAAUACAGCGAUUUCUCGGAUAUCAUGCGUUCUGGUAUGGCGAGCGGUAUUUCCCCAGAGCCAUUGCAGCUGCACGAGCUGUAUCAUCCUGAUAAUCGACUCUGA